CGACGGGGUGGGAGUGGGCGUGGCCUGGCGGAGGAGGCUGGCAGAAGGAGAAGAAGGCCGCCGCCAUCUUGGAUGGCUCCAGACAGAAAGCCGAUCGUAUCCUGGUCUCUAUGAACCAAAGAAAGGUUGUGAGGCUGUUGUGAAGUUGUGAGACGCCUUGGCUCUUCCCUCUGCCCCUCUCCCGACCCUCCCGCCAUGGAUCAAGACUACGAAAGGCGCCUUCUCCGCCAGAUCAACAUCCAGAAUGAAAACAUGAUGCCUUCCGUUGUGGACAUGAGGAGGACUCUGACGCCUUCGAAUUCCCCCGUCUCCUCCCCCAGUAAACACGGCGACAGGUUCAUUCCCUCCCGAGCUGGGGCGAAUUGGAGCAUCAGCUUCCACCGAAUAAAUGAAAACGAAAAGUCUCCGAGUCAAAACAGAAAAGCAAAAGAUGCCACCUCUGACAAUGGCAAAGAUGGCCUCGCGUAUUCAGCCUUGCUGAAGAAUGAACUGCUGGGAGCCGGUAUAGAGAAAGUACAAGACCCCCAGACAGAAGACAGGCGGCUGCAACCCUCCACGCCUGAGAAGAAAAGCCUCUUUACGUAUUCCCUCACCACAAAGCGCUCCAGCCCAGAUGACGGAAACGAAGUCUCUCCGUAUUCUCUCUCCCCUGUCAGCAACAAAAGCCAGAAAUUGCUACGAUCUCCUCGAAAACCAACAAGAAAGAUUUCCAAGAUCCCCUUUAAAGUCCUGGAUGCUCCAGAACUCCAGGACGACUUCUACUUAAACCUGGUGGACUGGUCGUCUCUCAACGUUCUCAGUGUCGGUCUUGGGACCUGCGUCUACCUCUGGAGUGCCUGCACUAGCCAGGUGACCCGGCUGUGUGAUCUCUCAGUGGAAGGUGAUUCGGUCACUUCUGUGGGAUGGUCAGAGCGGGGCAACUUGGUGGCAGUCGGGACCCACAAAGGUUUCGUACAGAUAUGGGAUGCAGCGGCAGGAAAGAAGUUGUCUAUGCUGGAAGGACACACAGCCCGAGUGGGUGCCUUGGCAUGGAAUGCGGACCAGCUAUCCUCCGGCAGUCGGGACCGGAUGAUCCUGCAGCGAGACAUCCGAACCCCUCCCUUGCAGUCGGAGCGGCGCCUCCAGGGUCACCGCCAGGAGGUCUGUGGUCUGAAGUGGUCCACGGAUCACCAGCUCCUGGCAUCUGGCGGGAACGACAACAAGCUUCUCGUCUGGAACCAUUCCAGCCUUAGCCCUGUCCAGCAGUACACAGAGCACCUUGCAGCUGUCAAAGCCAUUGCCUGGUCCCCCCACCAGCAUGGACUGCUGGCUUCUGGGGGUGGGACGGCAGACCGAUGCAUCCGUUUCUGGAACACACUCACUGGGCAGCCCCUGCAGUGCAUCGACACUGGGUCACAAGUGUGCAACCUGGCAUGGUCGAAGCACGCCAACGAACUGGUGAGCACUCAUGGAUACUCACAGAACCAGAUCCUCGUCUGGAAGUACCCGUCCUUGACUCAGGUGGCAAAGCUGACUGGACAUUCCUACAGAGUCCUAUACCUGGCAAUGUCACCUGACGGAGAGGCCAUCGUCACAGGAGCAGGGGAUGAGACACUGAGGUUUUGGAAUGUCUUCAGCAAAACUCGCUCCACCAAGGAGUCUGUUUCAGUCCUCAACCUCUUCACUAGGAUACGGUAAAAAAAAAAAAGCAACAACAACACAUACACGGAACAAACUGUGUUUUGGGGUCAAGAACCACUAUCCGGCGUGCAUGGAAACUGAGGCCGAGAUUUGGGGAACAAGGGGUGGGUGGGGGGCGUUGUGUCCGUCACAGGACCUCCAGAGGAUGCAUAUUAAAUAUCAGAGAGUGAAUACUAUUGGACUUUAUUUGGGGGGGGGGGGUGCCGAACUAUUUUCAGGACAAGGGGAUUCAAGAGAGCAGGGUGUCUCGUAUUACGAAUGAAUGUAUGUGCGCGUGUGUGUGACAGCAAAUGUGAUGUAUGCAGGCAUCGAUGUUGGACUGUCAAAAAAGAAAAACCACCUGAACUGGGGUUGCGAUCAGAAGAAUUGUAUUUAUUGUGGGACACUUGCCUGUACUUUGUAGGUUGAAGGAUUGGGUUCAAACAUUAUAAUUCCACUAAGGGAUGAGGAAAUGAAGAUACACUCUGGGGAAGGAUGGUCCACAUAUAUGUGAAUAUGAUGGAAAGAGUUAAUUUCUCUUUGGCGCCAAGAUCUCAAGCCAGCCAUGCUUGCAAAGAGGGAAGGAGUCAAUUCUUAUUUAAACUCGCCUGCUCCAACCUAGCACCCUCUGGAUGGGCUGUACUACACCUCCCAUCUCCAUGCUGGCUGAGGAUGAUGGGGGUUGUGGCUAUAGCAGAUCUAAAGCGCCAGAUUGGGACAGGUGGAAGCCUUAUUGGAAAGCAAGAGAGAAAAGAGGGAAAUUGUUUGGAUCUAAAGGACAAGGCACUCAGCAUGUUGUUGUUUUUUAAACAAAAUAAUAAUCCUGUGCUUGCUUUUGGUGGAAGGACGAAAUCCUUUCCCCAAAAAGGAGAAUGAAUUUUGGUGGAAAUUUCAUAUCAAAAAGCUCACGGCUGUAGUUUGGAAAAACAGGAUUAGAAGGAAUAAAAAAUGGGAGGGGAUGUUAUAAGGUUUAUAAUGUUUAUAGCCGUCUCCAAAUCAUGGCUGGAAAUUCGGGGUUGGGAACUUGGAAGCAAAGGUUGAUGGAUUUUGUGGUGGGGGAGAUAGGUUUUAAGAAUCUGGACGGGGGGGAAGAGUAGGUUUGGCCAUUGGCCUUGUGGGUGAAUGGGUGGGCUCCUGUGCAGCAUUGAGCCAUUUAAAAUUGCAGCCUGAAUGUGCAAAUCAGGUGCAUUACUUUGGUUGCCUCUGUAUCAGAUCUUGCAGGUUUUCUUCCUGUCGCUGAAGAGCUUCAGUCCAAUCCAAUGUGUAUUUUUAAAAAGUGUUUUAAUCUGUGGAAAUGGAGGUGCCCAGUGAAGAAUAUUACAUGGGUGUGUGUGUGUAUGUGUGUGAGAGAGAACCAAGCACUUUUAUUUUGUGUUGUUUUUUAAAAGCUCAGUUCUUCGUCUUUCAGCAGCCUUUGGUGCCACCUGUUUUGGACACAUGCAGACCUGAUACAUUCCCUUUUUGCUUGCAGCUUCUUUGUUCUUGGUACCAUGUUCAGAGGCUUUGAGCAGGGGCAGACUGUGCGCCAGCAUACGUUUGGAUCAGCGCUAACCUCUCCCAUGCUGGUACCUUCUGGGACACCUUGAUUUAUAACUCCCAGACUCUGGGAGGACACCCGCUUUGGUUAGGCUAGUGUAGAGCCACAAACUCCUGGCACUAUAGACUGUGUACAAUGAGUGGGCAAAGUAUGGCCCAUGGGAGCAAUUGACCCUUGGGACUGUUUUUGUGUCCCCAAGGGUUAACUCUUUGACCCCAAAAUGCCUUCUUGAAGGUAUUUAGCCAUGUUCUUGCUCCCUGAAUCAUUUUAAGCCAAGAGGAAUCCACUUCUGGUCAUUUCUUCUUACUCCAAAAAGGCCUCCUCUAGGGGUUGGGAUCCCAGAAACAUGAUGAAAAUACCCCUAGAGUACAUUGAGGCCUCACCAUCCACACAGCAACGUAUAUGUACAUGUAUAUAUGUAUAUUGCAGUGUGGGUAUGGUGAAAACGUGCCCCUCUAGGGUUUCUGGGAGUCUAAAUCACCCCCCCCCCCC